AUUCUAUCAAUUAUAUUACAUUGUCGUAAGAAUACCACUAUACUCACACGGUAUUUGCAUAAGGUGGUUGACAGAUCCAACACAUUCUACCUGACAUUUUGUUUCUACGAUUGAAAGGUAAGGGAAUCUAAAUAGAUUUUAUUUAACUAUUAAUUUAAUUAUUUUUAAUAAUAGGUUUAUACAACACUAAUAUAGCUCAAUUCACGAAUAUCGUAAUUUUUGGUUCAGACGUUAAAAAUUUACGUCAUUCAGCCUGCAUCAAAAGUCUGGCUUUGCACAUGCACGUAGCGUAUUUCGUACGGCCUAUAUAUGGGUAUUACAAAACAUUAAACAUUUUCCAACUCUAAAUUUUUUUGAUAGGUAGUUUAGUCCCGCAAACUGCCAAAAUUUGUUCAUUAUUAAAAACUGACAGCAUGCAUAAUAUGUAUGCUUCACAUAGAUUAUUUCUGACAAUGUGUCACAACAAAGGCAUCUAAUGUGAUGACAUAUCAGGUUUCUGUUUGAUUUUUCAAGCGAAGGCCCUUCGUCUUGAAGUUAGUAGCCAAGUAUAGUAACAAUUCGCCAACCAGACGAAGGGCCUUCGCUCGAAACGUCGAAAUUUGUUCUAUUUUACAAGCCUAUAGUUGCAUCAUACACAGAUCAAAGUCCGCAAAAUCUAAUAUGCAUGUCAUGUCAACUUCUCUAUGCCCUUGCAUACUUGUAACACCGACACUGUUAUACCAUGGAAACAAACUAUAUAUGUUUCCUUAUAUACAUGCAAGCAACAAGUCUGUGUGAGGCUAUACUGCAUGCCGAUUCAACAAUCACAGUCUUAAAAUAACCUUCUAACUCCUAUUUCCUUCAAAAACUACCACAUGCAUGUAUACUUUAAGCUAUAACAAUAAAUAUACAACCUAGAAAACAUUUGUAGGGUAUAAAUCAGGCAAAUUCGCAUGAAAUUUAAGGGGGGAAACGCAUAAGAAACUGCGAUUUUCAGAAACAAAAGGGUGGUAAUAUGGUGGCAACCUACCCCCCCCCCCCAAAUAUUUCACCACUGGCAAUAUAAUGCAGUUGGUUUUAUGGAGGAGGUGCGACGGUACGACAUUGUAUACUUUUUAUACUAGGCAUUGUUUUGUACGUUGUAGCUAUAUGCUACGAGCGACUCAAGAGCACGGGAAAUAUCAAUUAAAAUAUUGGUUAACAUUUUUUCUUUGGUGGAAUAUCACUGCCGCUUGUAUAAGAUUAAUGCCUGUAUGGGACAUAAUAACCUAUCAGUACUUAUUAAAAAAGAUCAAUUGAUAUAGAACAGCUAGCCUUUUCUACUAACCUUCGAAAAUUUUGAAAAACAGUUUCUACGCGUAGUUUUCUUCUGCCAGACAGUGUUAAUUUAUUUGGUUAAAAAUAAAUGUUUGAUGCAAAAAUUUACAUUCCUCGCUGUCAGUAUACUAGAGGUCAAGGUGAAACAAAACUCGGUGCGUAACUUCGUAUAUAGUUGCUUUGAAUAUCUAAUUGUCUCACAUGUCAUACGCUUUGUUUUACUUACACAGACAGAGAAAGCGUACUGACUAUACUUAAUUGAGAUUCAAUUAAUUGAAUAAUUGUACUAUUUCACGUGAGAAAAUUCAAACUUGUUGCGCAUGAAGAAGAAAAGAACAUUUUGCCCGCAGCCACAGUGUUAAUGCCAUGCUUAGUAUAAUCAAAGCAGAGAAAAACAAUGCCAAUUAUUGAUAUAAACUUGUGUAAACACGUAUGUAUACAUGAGUAAAAAAGUUGCAUGAAACAACUUGCAAUAAUAAACAAUGCAGAGUGCAUAAAAAGUAUAGUCCAACUUUGCCAUGACCAUGUACAGUAAUUGAGACGUUAUGACUAUGUAUAUUAAUUGCGUCUAUAGAUUUACUUUUUUCUUAUCAAUAACAAUCAGGCCUUUACUUGUCAAAUGAUACCAGUUUUUUGCAUCAUUGCAAACAAAAAUGACAAAACACCAUGCGAUUAAAAAUUGCAAGUUGAAAUCACAUUUUUCCACCACAGUGUGCAUUAAUAAUGUACGGUGCAUCAGGGCGCAUUGCCUCUUAAAGGGUUACAUUUGAAUUCGAAAUGCAAAUAAUUUGAAUAGUACUGAUCAAACAACAGCUAUGCACUUGUCUACUCAGUUCCCAAUGGGGACAAAUGCAAUUUCAAUAUGGUCUUAUUACAAACAAACAAAUCAAUCGAUCACCCAACAUAAUAUACAGUGCAUGGAACCCAGCCAUACGACCACUUCGUUAAUACGACCACCCAGAUAAUACGACCACUUUUCAUUUCCCCGAACAACACCUAAGUAUUUUUCUCAUCUGAAGACCCCGUUAAUACGACCACCUCGUUAAUACGACCAACGACCACCUUUUGAUGUCUCCAACUCUUUAAUAAUAUACCAAACAAUGCCCCGUUGACCGUUUAUGUAGUGAAGACAAGCGUAAUUUAAUAUAUCAUAGUCAAACAAUUCAACAGUAAAUUAGAUUACAUACGGCUAAAAGAAAGUGUAAACUUGACAAAGCGUUUUCCACUGUUGAUUUAGUAUUAGUCUCUAUUAACUAAGUUUUAUUGCGGUUUUUUUGCUUGUCAUUCCUGCCGCUCUUUUCUUUCGUUCGUUUUUGGCCACAAUCUCUUUGACUCUAACAGAUACGUUAUUUGGAAUGUCCAGCAACUUGCCCAAGCAACUUGCCAAGCAUGUCAAUGUUUCUUUCCAGACCAAUUCUACAGAAAAAUAUUACAUUUCUACGGAAAAUGACUGCAUUUGUACGGAAAACAAGCUAUAUAUUCUACGGAACAAGCAUAAUUUUCUACGGAAGAUGCAUGUCCCUAUAAUGGGCCACCGUAAUAAAUGCCUUGGACCUCCAUCCCAAACCCACCACCCCGAUUGAUCGUUUUUCCAAUAACUUUGACAUUUGAAUUUGCUGAAGUCAAUUGCCAAGCACAAACGGUUCGCUUCAAUGUCGACAAAUUCAACCGAAGCUGACAGCCUCUUUUGAACCUACAGGCGUUUAUAUAGUCAAAGAGACGCGAUUUAUUUAUCAGGGAUGAGAAUUUACGGUAUCUAUUUCAGUUGUGUUCAGUAAAUAAAAUAUGUUUCUAAAUUUUUAAUUAAUAACUGAACUAUGACCUGUUUGGUAUGACGUAAUUAAAAAAUAUCUGUGCCAUAAUUUGAUCCGACUCCUACAUGUUAACACGAUUUUUGAAUUGUUGAAAAGAAUUAUCAAGGCCUCAGGCUUCAGUUGAUAACACAAACUUCAGCCUUGAUCAUUCUUUAUAUCAUGCUUAAAAGUUCAGCCUUUUGAAUGAUGGUUUUUAAGGUGCAUUUCAGCCCUUUUAAUUGAAAAAACUAACCAGGAGAAUCAAUUAAUCAUAAUUCAAGAUCAGCAAACUUAAUGUUUUAACAUUUUAAAACAUUUUUAUUGUUAAAAACAUUGAAUUUACUGAUCUUGAAUUAUGCAUAAUUGACUUUCCUAGAUAAUUUUUUCAAUUAAAAGGACUGAAAUGCACCUUAAAAACCAUCAUUCAAAAGGCUGAUCUGUGCCUUUAAGUUCUCAACCCACAGCAAGACCCAGGCAACUAUUUUGGCAAUGCUAUAACAGUGUAAUAACUGUAAUGUACCGAAUAUAGUACAGUAUAUAAUCUGCAAUUGGAAGAGUAAACACUAUGAACAAAUUUUAAAGACACCUAGCUACGGUAAAAGUUAGAUAUUCAGUAUAUUAAUGGUACAUGAUCUGCAAUAAAGGCUUUGUUAUGGUAAAUUAAUCCAGUGAGCACCCUUGGCUCUCCCCGUUAUGAGUAAAAUCAUCUGGUGUUAGACAGUGUAAAAUAAUAAAGUAUUUAAACUAUUUCUCCAAAAUGAGACAGCCCACAUGAAGAAAGUUGGUAUUACAAUAGCAAAAGUGACAUACAAACCUUUCAAAACUGCAAUAUUGGGGCUUCGGUGGUGAAGUGGUUAGCGCACUUGCCUUUCACCUCUAAGGUUGCAGGUUCAAAUCUCAGAGAGAACUUUCUCAAUGCGACUCGUUCGAACCCAGUCCUCAUGCGAAAAGAAUAAAAGUAAAUGUUCAGCCGAAAGUCGUGGGUUUUCUCCGGGUACAGGUUUCCUCCCACAGGGAAAGUUGACAGGGUGGGUUAGGUAAAAGGGCCCACAGUAAUUGGCAUAUGCUGUUGUGGUGACCCUGCACUAUGCCCUGCCUUAGUUGGCAAAGCUAAAUAAACAAAUAAAUAAAUAUCACUGGCUUUGAAAUUCUGAUGUAGAGACACCUCCUGUAUAUCUUACAAUAUGCAAAGUAGCGAACGCAUGGUCACUUGUGACAUUAAUAUAGGGUCAUUUUUGUAGGAUUACAAAUUCACAUUGAUCUAUUAAAUAUAUUAUAUUAUAUUAAAGUUUAUAUACUAAUAUAUAAAUAAAAUGGUACCUGGAUAUUAUUCAAAUUCGGCAUAAAACAUAACGACUGUCAACAUCAAACUGUUCUAGAAUAACCGUUUCGUAUUGGGUUUUUAGGAAAUUAUUAUGUAAAAGUAUAAAUGAAAACUUGAAAAUACACACUCGAUAAUAUUUGUGACACAUGGCACAUUUGUUCAAAUAUGGCGCCUUCAUGCGCAGGCUUAACAUUUCCUGAUCUCUAAAAUUCAGGCCGCACUGGAUGUCUGGAUAUAUCCACCAUCUCUAGAAACGAUUAUAACUAUGAUACCUGUAAAAUAUAAGCAGAACUUCGACGUUUCGAGCGAAGGACAUUCGUCGUGAAGCUAGUGGCGAUUUUGGUUUAGCUGUUUGCGUGAACAUUUUUUAGAAUAGCAUAAAGACUAAAAUAAAACAAUUUAAAACUGAAAUAUGCCGCUUAGAAAGUACGUUGCCGAUUAUGAUUUAAUCUUGCCCGGCUAGACAUGUGUAAUGAAUGUGGCAGUCACGCGACCUUAGUUAGUUGUUCUUAAUCUUUUCCAAACUAUCAUCUUUUCUAUUUAAGUUAAAACAUAGUUGGAACAUUCAUCAGACCUUUUUUUUAUUAAUCUAUAGAGCUUAAAAUGCCUCCCAUAACAAUAUGCGUGGCUGCCAACUCUCAUCUCGUUUCAAGUAGCUUGAAGCAUGAUGGUUUACAAAAAUUUAUAAUAGCAUUGUAUGAUAUUGAUCGAGGACAGUUGUUUUAAAACACUCUUCAGACUUUUGCCGCCAUGAAAAUAUUCAUAUUCGAAUUGAAUGCAACGGGAAUUCUGAAAUAGGUAUUUUGUCGUCUAGACAAGAUCGAGGAUUUGAUUAAGAACGCGAAAAGCAUGUAUUGAACAACGUUUGUAUGAAGCUUCAGUACAUAUACGUGUUUAUUAUAUAGUAGAGAGUGAGAUACUGAAAAUACACAGUGAGAUAUUUUCCAUAAUUAUCUUCACUAGUGAAGACCACUAGUGAAGAUAUCGAUCACGUGACUUUUUCCAAUUUGCUUUUAAGCGUGAAAUUUCACAAUUUUUGCUUGGGACUAUACAGAACAUUACACGGUGGCUUGAAGAUAUGAUUUUUAUCUUCUCGUGUUAAAAACAAUAUUUUACUCACUCGCUGCGCUCGUUCGUAAAAUAUUGUUUUCACCACUCGGAGAUAAAAGUCAUAUAUUCGCGCCGCCGUGUAAUAUCCUCUAUAUAUAUGUACUGAAAGCUAUCUGGUAAGUGGCCUUGCAAUCUUCGUUGCGGAGCAGCGGAGGUUCAAAUUCGCCGGACAAGCUAAGUCAGUUCCGAAUAGGAUGUGUGUUAAAUUUGUUCACGUGCUUAGACAUUGACGUGCUUAAACUUAAACGUGCAGAGUGUCAUUUGCGCAUUCCAAAAGCAUGCACAAAACUCGGUUCCAAAUAAACAAAAAUCUGUCUGGGACUCUGGGUCUUUAACACCCGAGCAUAAUACUACUGCAACUGAUUUCAGUUGUGUCCUAUGGCUAUGAGCUUAUUUAUUGUGUCUUAUCAUACUUAAAACAUUAAGUAAAUCUUUAAUUUUAUUCAAUAAAACGGUAAACUGACCAAACUAGCCAUGUCACACAGGCAUUAAAAUAGCGUGUCCUUGUACACACUUUGUGUCCUUGUAAAAGGCGAAUAUGUGCCCUUGUAAAUUGAAAAGUGUGUACUUGAAAAUAUAUUAAACUGAAAAUAUAUUAAUGUAAUCCACGCAAAAUGGCCAAAUAUUUUCCAAAUUCUGUUCUCAGAACACUGGAAAUGCCAUUUCAGAGACCCCCUUAAAAGCUCGCGUCUUCGACGCUAAACUUGUGGCUUUGCCACUCGUUCUCGUGAGUCUGCGCAUUUAUACCAAAAAUACGCCUCUGAAGGCAAAGUGUGUCCUUGUAAAAAUUCCGUAUUUAAUGCCUGCCAUGUCAAGAGCAUGGUGAAUAUGUAAUUCACUUGACGAACUAAGUAAUUAAGUAAAUGGUGUGCAGGCUUGGCAAGAACGCACAAAAAUAACGACCUAUGACGUUGAAAAUACCACUGCAGUUAAAUAUAGACUGUAAUUAUGUCAGUUGUCAGUAUAGAUAGAUGAUGUUUGAAUUAUUACCUAUCAUUUAUAUAGUGGACAGGUCACUGAGCACUUGCUGUCACUCGUAGUCUAGUGAUAUUAACAACAUUAACAUGCUGUGUUAUUUUCACGUUAGUUUUGGAAAACUACACAGGCUUGGAGACUUCAAAGUUGCCAGAUUGGCAAGAAUUAUUUCAAAACAACCAUUGCACCCAUGGAAUUCCUUUUGACCACGCCCAUAACGCGAGCCGAUUAAAAUCUGUUUAAGUAUCACAGCAUAUUGCCCAUAGAGACCCUUUGUCCCAUUUAACUUAAUAUGUGAUUAUGUUAAACAUUAUUAGCGACAUAAACUUGACAGCCUUAAACGCUUUCAAUAAAAGGCCUAAGUGAAAUCAUAUUAAAUCCAGCGGCUAGAGGUUUAGAGAUAAUUGCUUACAUUGAAUUUUAAUGACGGGAUUAAGUUUAGGAAGUGAAAUUUACUUUUGAACAAACACGGCACGAUUAAAAAUUGCGUUGAAAUGCAGGAGGAGCAUCUCUGCGCCGUGUUAAUGCGCUAAGUGAGAUUUCAUUCAGCAUAGCUGUUAAACGUUUAUCUCAAAGAUCUUGCUUGGCAUGCAUCGAGGCCGCCUUGAGGAUGUUUGGGAUAACUUCUUAGGAAGUGGUUUAGCCAGGCAAUUAGAUUUGUUCAAACAACUGUGUCCCGCUAAUACCUUCUAAGUUGACUGCUUCACAAUGAGGUUAAUUCCACAAGCUGAAUUCAAUUGUUUGCGGCAAAAAUGAAAGAGGAAUAUUUUUCCAAUUUCCUGUGUUCUCUUCAACUUCAAAUACAAAUAUAAUCUAAUACCGAUCAACAAAGUUGUGGGCGUACUUCAUUCAACGACGUUGUCGCUUCUACAUGACUUCAUUUUUGAAUUCUUCCCUUUCAUAGGAUUGCAUACCGAAGUUUUCGAGUUCACGCAACUGUCCAAUCAGUGAAAGUUUCGUAAUACGCCGUUAAAAAAUACAUACGUCGUACGACAAGGGAUCAUACACAAAGUACACACGAGCGAGUGACCAGCAACUUUUGGACAAUAUAAACUGCAAGUAUGAUUUCUGAAUUGAAGAAAAACCUUAUAACAUGGUUCCUUUUACUGUGUUUUACAAGACCAGUCAUCUGCUGUGUGUCAAAGCCAGGAGGUUCGUCAAGGAGACCUCCACGUACAGCGUUUUAUUUGCAUCAAAAAGUCCCCGACAUUGAUGAGUAUUCGCAGGGUGCGAGUGGAAAACCAAAAGAACCGAUAAAAUAUGGUAGUCCAGCGUUUGAGGGGUUAACGAUUAACUAUAAUCCUGGUAUAGUUUUUGAGCACAAGCCUAAAACAUCUGGCGACACUCGAAUGAUGACCCAGGUGUGUAGUUGUGCUGUGUUUCAUUUACAGUAUAAAUACAAUACUCAAUAGAUGCCUUUCCUUACUAUAAAAAAAACUUCUCGCCUUAUUCACCAUAUCAGAAUUCUUCUAUAAGAAGCUUUGUGUAUUCAAAAGAUUUUUAUGGUGUGUUUUUUUUUUCGUUUAGAGAUGCAGGGAUGCUUUAAACAAGCUAGAAAAACUCGUGAAGGAAAAAUGGCCAAGAAUAAAGCUUCGUGUUAUUGCAGCUUGGGACGAAGAGACGUAUCAUAAACACGAUAUUAGUUCGCUACACUACGAAGGACGUGCUGUUGAUAUUACAACUUCUGACAGGGAUAGGUCAAAGUUAGGACUUCUUGCAAGAUUGGCUGUCGAAGCUGGUUUUGACUGGGUGAAUUACGUUCAGAAAUACAGAGUUCAUGCCUCUGUGCGUGUUGGUAAGUUCAAUUUUGUUGUUGUUUGAGAUAGUAUUGAAUCGUUUUAUUCGUUUACACGGAUUUACAUCGCCGGUAUACGUUAGUCCCUAUUUCUAAUUUCGUCUUGUUCUGAAUUAACUUUAAUACCGGGGAAAUGCGCUCGUGCACUGGCCAAGACAAGCAUAUAGUAUUAAAAUCAUAAACAUUAUAAACUUUGUUACAUGUGUUUUUGUAGUAAAACCAUUAUGAAAGAAUAUUGUGAAUACAUUUGUAUUUUAAUAUAACAACAGAACUUGUUAUUUGAUUUACCAGAUAAUUUCGCUUUGUUUUACCAAAUAAAAUACGUAUUUUGAUUUGAACUUCAAAAGUAUUUCAGUAAUUCAGUAAAGCCAGAAUCGAACGAGGAUGAGAGUACAUGAUGAGAGUUGGCAGUCACAUGCAGGACCUUGGUUCGCUAUCCAACACUAUCAUCUUUUAAAACAUAGUUCGGCAUACUUGCAUGGAACACUCAUCAAAUAUUAUUUCAAAUCUAGAGCUGUAAUUUAAUGUUCCUGACCUUGUAACAGUGCGUGACUAUAGCUGCCAACUCUCAUCCUCGUUUGACCAAGCCUUAUAAAGGGAAUAUAGAUUAUAGUUUAGAUUUACCAGUCUUUUAAAAAUUUCAAAAAGUAUCCUCCUAAGCAUAUCUACUUAGCGGAUUCCUGUGGCCUUGGUCACUGGUCGCAAUAUUCAGUGACUGGCAUGAUUUACACGCCAACCAACGACCACUGUAAACCUUCAAAAAUCGAACGGCUCAUUACUCAUUAUUUCACAGACAUUAGUCGAGUCUUUGCACUUCCCUGACUUGAGUAUACGAACGUCACAAUCUGAACGCUUUCCUAAUAAAUUCAGUAAAAUGUUCUAAUUAAGUCCAGAAUCUUGUUUGUGAUCAUGAAAAACUAAGUUUGUAAUUGGAUACUUCCUGAUUUGUAUGCUUGUCUUUGUGACAAGCAAUCACAUAAAAUUUCGUACAGAUACAGGACACAUUUGUUAUCAAACUGAUUCAUUUUAGCAUGAUAGAAAAUAUAUUAUAUAAUACCUUAUUAAAUUCUAAUCAUUUAAUUGGCUGUUUAUGGUCACGUGAUAUUGAAUAGAAAAUUCCAUUUCCCAAGAGUGCAAUGGAACACGUUCCAUUGCACUCUCCGCGAGUGCAAUGGAAUAAAACGUACAGUGCAAUUGCACUCUUUGUGUUUUCGAUAAAUCGCAUCCCUCAAAAUGCUUCUCAUACGAAUCUAUUAGUCUAUUUUGGUAUUAUAUAAAACAAAUAAUGAAUGUUUCUUCGUGCAAUGGUAAGAAUAUUUUCAUUCGGUGAAAGAUGGAAUGUUCCAUUCAACUCGGCUGUCGCCUCGUUGAAUGGAACAUUCCAUCUUUCACCUCAUGAAAAUAUUCUUACCAUUGCACUCGUAAACAUUCAUUAUUUGUAUAAUAUUAUAUAAUAUGCUCAUGCAAUGGCACAGCCAAGGUGUGUUUACAGCAAAUGUUACCCCGAUAGUUGCAUACAUAUGCCUCAGUGCGAGUCAUAAGUGUUCCCUUGCACGAAGCAUUAUUUUUGGCUCAUUUUUCUAGACCGUAGUAAAGCUGACACUCAUUUUAAGGACAUGGGAUGUUUCAGAAGCAGUUCAUUGGUCAGACUGGUAGAUGGCAGAACCACAACGAUGAAUAAACUGAAACUCGGUGAUAAAGUACAAAGUAUGGAUAAAGAUGGAAAAAUAGUUUACAGUGAAGUUGCUAUGUUCUUGGACAAUAAACCAAACAAGAAGGAUGUACUCUACUUUGUUAUACAGACUGAGAACCCUAGAAGAAAACUAUUCCUUACCAAGUCUCAUCUGAUAUAUGUCAGAAGACGAUUUUCAUCAUUUUGGAAAGUACAAUUUGCUAAACUGAUCCAGAAAGGAGAUUUUGUUAAAGUCUGGAGUGAUGGAAAAUUAGUGGCAGCGGAAGUAACUGGUAUUUCUAUUUCUAACGAACGAGGAUUGAUUGCUCCAUUGACAAACGAAGGAAAUAUUAUUGUUGACGGUGUGCUGGCUUCAUGUUAUGCUUUGUUAGAGGAUCAUGAGUUCGCCGACUCGAUAUUCUGGCCAGCAAAGGUUCUAUAUAAACAUUUUCCUAACCUGCUCAAUUCAGAAAAUACACCACAGCAAGGCGUACAUUGGUAUGCAAGAUUAAUGCUGUUUUUGAACGAGUAUUUUUCUGUAUUAACUUAACGAGAUAAUAAGAUGGGGAUUUCAACUGACAGGGACAAUAUUUCACUAUAGCACUAGAAUAUGUAGUAAACUUAAUUUUAAACUGUUAAUUAAUUUGUAAAUACAAACAGUCCAAAAAUCCGUUGAACAAUACAUACUCAGUUUCAUGUUACAGUAUACCUCUGAUUGAAUCCCCGAACAGAUUAAUAUUAAAAAAUUAAGUUAAUUUAUUUAAACGAUUGAAAAUCGUAUCCGAUGUAAUAUUCGGACGCGAUUCGGCAACGCGACGCGAAUUUUCAGUUUUCAAAAACAAAUAAAACCGUCAACGGAUAAAAACUUUACAAGAUAUGCAGACCAAAUAGCUAAAAUUGCUUCAAUAUGGGCCUUUGCAGGAACGAACAUUGAAAAUAUAAUAUAAUAUAAAAAUAGACAUGUAACGCGGACAAUAGUUUCUUGCAAUAUAUUAAUAAAUAGCCGUCUUAAUAUAGACGCUACUGUACAGUUGUGUUAUUAGUGGAAUAGGUUGUGUUAACUUAACGUUAAAUUUUGUAGUGUAUAAACUGCCCUGAGGAAUCAGUUCAAACCCAGUGACGUAAGCCAUAAAGACUUUGUCUUUGGUUAAUUGUGUAUAUACAAACAAUACAUGUAUUAUCAAUAUUAUUAAUAUGUAAAGUAUACAACUAUUUAAUAAGAUAUUAAAUAAUCACAUCAUAUACCAAUUUUCAAUGUUUG